AUGCGUUUACACUACAUCCCUGCUAUCCUAGCAGGUCUCGCGACCAUCUCACUUGCGGCACCGCAAGGUCAAGAUCAGAAUAGCAACGAGGUUGUUACUACCAAUGGAAAUGGGAACGGGAACGGGAAUGGCAAUGGAAAUUCCAAUGGCAAUGCCAAUGAGAAUGGAAAUAGCAAUGACAACAGCAACAGCAACACAAAUGUCAACGAAAACACAAACAUCAAUGAGAACAUCAAUGAAAACAACAAUGGAAAACCCAGUCCUCCACCAAAAUCGUCUAAAGUCAAGCCCAGUUCCAUCAAGCCGACUUCCAUGAAGAGUUCCAUUGCGCCGACAUCCAUCAAGCCCACGAGCAAAGACACAACUAUCCAAAGCACCGUCAUCAUUACAUCCACCAUAACCGUGCGUCCAACCACCACCGUUCAACCCACCACCACUAGAUCUACAUCCGUCGUCACCAUCACGACAUCCAGCAGCUCCGCCACCCGCACGCAAUCGGGUGUCACCACAUCGCGAAGCUCGAGCUCUAGCGAAUCCCGAAGCUCGUCCUCUUCAUCCACUGGAUCAGGAACCCGCACCCAGUCGGGUCUCACUACCAGUCGAGCCUCGUCCUCUACACCCACUGGAACAGGAACAGGAACCCGCACUCAAUCGGGUCUCACUACCACUCAGGGAAGCGCUACUUCUGGAAACUCCGGGGUCGUGACUAGUACCAAUACUGGGACGGGCACGGGAGGAAACUCCGGAAUCGUUACUUCGACUCCGAUUGUUCCUCCUCCUGUUAUCCCCACUACCCCCGUCAUUCUUCCUCCCGUUAUCACCACCCCAGGGGUUCCUCCUCUUAUCCCCACCACCCCAGUUAUUCCUCCUCCCGUUAUCACUACCCCCGUGGUCCCACCCCCCAACACCAACUUCCCCUUCAUCACCAUCUUCCCGGUCCUAACCACCAUAACCACCGUCAACCCACCCAUCACAACCAUCACCUCCAUCCCCGUCGCCCCUAUCGCCCCUCUCAUCCCCCUCACCAUCACCACCAACAACGCCGUGCAAACCAUCAACGGCAUCGCCACCACCGUCAACGGCGUUGCAACCGUCGUCCCCGCCACCGAAGGCCCAGUCAAUAUCCUCAGCACGGCUGUGGUCAACGGUCAAACAAUCACCACGACCAUCCCAGCCGGAGCCCUCAGCACCUUCACAAGCAAUGGUCAAACAUUCACAACCCUGGUUCCGGGCGGAGGACCAGCAGAAACCAGUGCUGGGGCCGUGGCUGGACAGUUCACCGGCGCAGCUGGACAGAUCCAAGUUAUGGAGGGAGGUGCUGUUGUGGGAUUGGUGGGUUUUGCUGUUGGUAUGCUUUUGUUACUUUGA